AUGGGACAUCAGGUGAUAAUAUUUGACUUUUCUCUCAUAAGAGGACUGUGGGAAACUCGAGUUAAGAAGAACAAAGAACGUCAAAGGAAGGAGAAAGAAAGAUUAGAAAAGAGCUCAUUAGAGAGUAUAACAGAUGAGUGGAACUUCAUGGUAGAGUGUCGGAAGAAAGGCAUCCCGCAAUCAAAAUACCUCAAGAAUGGCUUUGUAGAUGCUGAUGAGAAGAUCUUGGAUAAGUACGGAAAGACUCCUCAGCUCCCGAAGCGGCGUGCUUUGGCAGAUGAAAUAGAGAAGGAAAGAAGCAAGUUUAUUUUUCAGCUUUCUGGAGAGCAGUGGAUGGAAUUCCCAGAUUCUCUGAAGGAGCAGAUCCAUCUGAAAGAAUGGCAUGUGAACAAUACGUUGAUACAAACCAUUCCAGCUUAUAUUGCCUUGUUUCAGGAUCUGAGAGUACUGGAGUUGUCAAAAAAUCAAAUCACCCAUCUUCCCGUGGAAAUUGGNNGCUUAAAAAACCUCAAAGUGCUCAAUGUGAGUUUUAAUAACUUGAAGUCCGUCCCUCCGGAACUGGGUGAUUGCGAGAAUCUGGAAAAACUGGAUUUGUCUGGAAAUCUGGAAAUAACAGAGCUUCCAUUUGAACUAAGUAAUUUGAAACAAGUCACGGUUGUGGAUGUGUCGGCAAACAAGUUUCCUUCUAUUCCAAUCUGUGUACUACGGAUGUCUAAUUUGCAGUGGUUGGAUAUUAGCAGCAACAACCUGAAAGAUCUCCCACAAGACAUAGACAGGUUAGAUCAACUGCAGACACUUCUCCUACAGAAAAACAAGUUGACUUAUCUUCCCCGAGCCCUGGUCAAUAUGCCAAAACUCAGUUUACUAGUUGUCAGUGGUGAUGACUUGGUUGAGAUACCCACAGCCGUCUGCGAGUCAACCACUGGUUUAAAGUUCAUAAGUCUCAAAGAUAGCCCAGUUGAAACUAUUGUAGGUGAAGACACUGAAGAAAUCAUAGAAAGUGAACGUGAACGGGAACAAUUUGAGAAAGAAUUUAUGAAAGCUUACAUUGAAGACCUAAAGGCAAGGGAUUCUGCUCCUUCUUACACUACGAAAGUUUUACUCAGUCUUCAACUCUGAAGAUCAAAAAUCUCUGAAUCACU